AUGCCUACGACACCCGAAGAAGGACUGAAGGCAGACCCUCCCUGCCAUCCUCAAGCCUGUGCAAUUCAAGCAUGCAUACAGAAGAACAACUACGAUGAGGCCAAGUGCCAGCGACAGAUCGAUGCCCUGUAUGAGUGCUGCAACCAAUUCUACCAGAAGGAGGGCGACGACGCGAGCACCGUGUCCUGCCCCAAAGCCAGCCUGCUCAGGCUGAAGAUGAAGCAGCGAUUGCAAGGUGGCAAGUAG